ACACACACACACACACACACAGCACUGAGACACACACACAUACACACAUAGCACUGAGACACACACACAGCACUGACACAUACACACACACACACACCUCUCCCUGGUUAUGGUUCCCUGUUCCUUGAAUUCAGUGUUGGUCUGUGGUCGUGUGUGUGUGUGUGUGUGUGUGUGUGUGUGUGUGUGUGUGUUACAAUGGUAACCCCCGACCCCUAUCUCUGCUCCAACCAAAAAUCUGUAAAGAAUGUAUUUGUGAUACAGAUAAAGAGUUUAUUUUUGCAACAAAUUCUGAUAUAUUUUAGUUGAUUUGAACAGUGUUUCUCAGAAAAUAGUAUUGUGUUGGCAGACAUCACGUUGUAUUCUCAUUGGAGACGAUGCCUAGCACACAGUAGCAGUUUCAAAAUGUUUAGAAACAGAAAUGGAGAGUUUGAAGCCUUGUCCCUUUGCUUCCAUUUGGCUCUUCGUAAAUACACCCCUGUUGAUUGUAAGGCUACCCAGAGAACAGACAGGACCCCUGCUGAUUGUAAGGCUACUCAGAGAACAGACAGGACCCCUGCUGAUUGUAAGGCUACUCAGAGAACAGACAGGACCCCUGCUGAUUGUAAGGCUACCCAGAGAACAGACAGGACCCCUGCUGAUUGUAAGGCUACUCAGAGAACAGACAGGACCCCUGCUGAUUGUAAGGCUACUCAGAGAACAGACAGGACCCCUGCUGAUUGUAAGGCUACUCAGAGAACAGACAGGACCCCUGCUGAUUGUAAGGCUACUCAGAGAACAGACAGGACCCCUGUUGAUUGUAAGGCUACUCAGAGAACAGACAGGACCCCUGUUGAUUGUAAGGCUACUCAGAGAACAGACAGGACCCCUGUUGAUUGUAAGGCUACUCAGAGAACAGACAGGACCCCUGUUGAUUGUAAGGCUACUCAGAGAACAGACAGGACCCCUGCUGAUUGUAAGGCUACUCAGAGAACAGACAGGACCCCUGCUGAUUGUAAGGCUACUCAGAGAACAGACAGGACCCCUGCUGAUUGUAAGGCUACUCAGAGAACAGACAGGACCCCUGUUGAUUGUAAGGCUACUCAGAGAACAGACAGGACCCCUGCUGAUUGUAAGGCUACUCAGAGAACAGACAGGACCCCUGCUGAUUGUAAGGCUACUCAGAGAACAGACAGGACCCCUGCUGAUUGUAAGGCUACUCAGAGAACAGACAGGACCCCUGCUGAUUGUAAGGCUACUCAGAGAACAGACAGGACCCCUGCUGAUUGUAAGGCUACUCAGAGAACAGACAGGACCCCUGCUGAUUGUUAGGAUACUCAGAGAACAGACAGGACCCCUGCUGAUUGUUAGGAUACUCAGAGAACAGACAGGACCCCUGCUGAUUGUAAGGCUACUCAGAGAACAGACAGGACCCCUGCUGAUUGUUAGGAUACUCAGAGAACAGACAGGACCCCUGUUGAUUGUAAGGCUACUCAGAGAACAGACAUGACCCCUGUUGAUUGUUAGGAUACUCAGAGAACAGACAGGACCACAUUAACUGUCUGUACAUUGUGCCUUCUACAUCUCUAGUACUGAAAUAAAAACUUUUGACUGAA